AUGAACUUCCAACCUCGUGUGUUCGCUUUGUUUUUCGUCUUAGUUGUCGCUCAAGCGAGCGAGAAGAAGACGGAAAGUAACAUCAAGAAAGACAAAAGAGGUUUAUCCGAUUUAGGUUACGGGGGAGGAAGUUUUGGAGGACAUGAUUUGGGUGGUGGAAUUGGAGGAGGUUUGGGACAUGGAUUUGGAGGAGGUUUGGGACAUGGAUUAGGAGGAGGACUUGGCGGAGAUUUGGGACAUGGAUUUGGAUCAGGUGGAUUUGGAAGCGGCGGCGGCGGAUUUGGAGGCGGCAUCGAAACCCAGGGACAUGUCAAGCACAUUACCAUUCACAAGGAAACGCCAUAUCCAGUACCACAUCCGGUUCCUUAUCCAGUUGAGAAGACUGUGCCAUACACAGUCAAAUAUCCAGUUCAUGUACCAGUCGAUAAGCCAUACCCAGUUCAUGUACCAAAACCUUACCCAGUCCCAGUCGAUAAACCAAUUCCAUACACUGUUGAAAAGACCGUCCCGUAUCCAGUCAGUGUACCAGUAAAGGUACCAGUCCCACAUCCAUACCCAGUACCAAUUCCAAAACCAGUUCCAUACACAGUUCACAAGCAAGUCCCAUAUCCAGUCAAGGUACCAGUCAUCGUUCACAAGAAGGUUCCAAUCUACGUUAAAGGACACGAUGAUGGACUUAGUGGAGGUCUUGGAGGAUUCGGUGGUGGUUAUGGAGGCGGAUUUGGAGGAGGACACGACCUUGGCUUUGGACACCAUUAA